UUAUUUGUUUGUUUUUGCAUAUAUGGCAUCGGUUUUAAUAUAGCGGCAAAAAAUUAUUUUACAAAAAGUAACGGUAACACGUAAAUUAAUUGUUUAAUUUCUGUAUUUAAAAAAACUGUUUUUAAAAUGGAAGUAGAUACUGAUGAGUCAAAAACUUCGCAAUCUACUGCACAGCCGCCUACAGAGCAUAUACGCGAUAGAAAUAGGCAAUUUGCUCAACAACAUCGGGAAGAGCAGAGCGUCAGGACCACAGACACCGUACGGUUUGGCCUAGGAGAAGUACAGGAAGAAGUGGAAGAGCUAAACGAAAUUACGGAACAAGAUAUCAAUGGCUUAAUAACGAGAAUUACACGUCGGAAACAUGCUUCGGCGGAGGAGAUGCAUAAACUGAGUGAAGCAUUUCUUCAGAGUAUGAAUAAUAUUAAAUUGUUCUUUCAAGCGCCUGGUGCUCUACAAGUUAUUGUAAAAGAAAUUGCUGGCAUCGAUUCGGGGCGUCAAAUCGGCGCGCUGGAAUGUCUUUGUAACCUAUCACUUGGUGAGGCACCGUUGUGUGAAAAAAUUAUAGACCAGGCCGGUCGCAAUUUAGUUCAAUGUCUGGAUAGUGUUGAUGAGCGCUUAAAACGUACAUCUCUUUGGAUAAUUGCCAAUACUAUUUCUACCAGUUCAAAAGCAGCGCAAACCAUAGUACAAUUGGACAUAGUACCUAAACUCUUUUUUAUAUAUAUAGAAUCCGGUGAUAAGAAUAUAGCAAAUGAAUUUAGGGAAGACGCAGCUGUUUGUUUACAAAUUUUGGUAAUGGGCAAACAUCGAGCAGCUCGAAAAGAGGAUAUAACUUUUAUAAAAGACAAUAUGAUAAAAAAAUGUCGCAUUAGCGUGGCCGCUGAAUAUCACUUAAAAAUUAUGUUUCAUGCUGAUAUAGUGAAUCCCAAGAGUGAAUUAAAUAUCGAACAAACACAUCAUUUAAUGGAUUUUAUUUUGGGCAAUCUGUGUACAACUCCUGAUUUUGUAAGCAUAGCUAAUCGCCUGCGGAUCGUUUAUGCUAUUCGUGUGUUAUCGAAUAUGGUUCAAUGUGUGCCAAAAGCCAUCGAUACAAUGAAGCAACAACUGCGCGGCGUAUGGAAUACACAUUUGGAAGAUUUAUUGAACAAAGUAUUUGAUUUUCAAGAGGAUCUACUAAGCUUAGAAGUCGUUUAUCUAAUAAGAAACUUAAUCCAUGAUAAGAGUUCACAACCGUUGCCUUGUCAAUUAGAUAGACUUCAGGUUCCAAACAUUGAUUAUGAGCAAUUAUUACCGCAAUCAUGGAAGUGAAGAGUUAUAUCAAGAUUCUAAGAAACAUGCCUUUUGAAUAAGUAUUUUUAUUAUUGUGAAAUUUUAAGCGUAACAUAUUGGUUUUAUAUUAUACUUUUGAAUUUUAUUGUUGUUAUUAUAACAGAAUAAAACCUUUCUCGAAUAGUAA